AUGCAGGUAGUGCAAUCGUUGGUAACCCACUGUCUGGUGCUGUCGCUGGUGCAGUUGGUACCUUGCUUCUCGGUCACCUUCGAGGAUGGAAGUUCCGGUGAACCAGUCGAGGCCCGCGAGAGUCAGGUACUGCAACCAGUGCAGGAAUCGGCGAACUUCAAUAAAACCCGUCAGGGGAAAGGACUUUUCGACUGGAUCGGUUUAGGCACAGGGCGGAAUGUAGAUCCGUACAUGGCGAAAACGAACCAGGGCUGUCUGAACGGUGAUCUGGCGGAAUGUUUCAAGUCCCAGGCUUUGAGUUACUUCUCCGACUUCUUCGACCACCCUCGCUACGAUUUGAACGAUCACGUAAAAGUCGUCAGAAUGUCUAGGGACAUCGUGCAGGAAGUGAAUCGUCAGCCGUACGAGUAUUCCAGCGAAGCGAGGUCCAGUGACUCCGAAUGGGAUCAGCUGAUGAAAUUCGCCCUGAGAAAGGCAGAGAAGUUUGUAAAAACCGUUGCCAUUGAACUUCACAUCCCAUCGGAAGAAGCUGGAGAGAAUCAAGUCUACGCUCCUCGGUUUUUAGACGAAAUCGCUGACGAGAUCGACACGCUCGAAGAUAAAAAAGAUACUCUCUUCUCUCGCCAUCAACUGAAGAGGCUUCUUAUACCAAUGCUGAUAGUAUUGAAGCUGUUCAAGCUGAAAUUGCUUCUGUUCCUGCCACUGAUUUUGGGUCUAGCUUCAUUCAAGAAAUUCCUCGGUUUCCUGGCAAUCGUCAUCCCUGGUCUGAUCGGCUUUUUCAAACUGUACAAACCAUUGACGCAGAAUUAUCAUCCACCGGUGUACAGUCAAAGCGGCAUCGCUUAUCCAUAUUACAAGGAAAACAGUUAUCCCUAUGAACAGGACAUUCAUCACGGAUCUGAAUACGCAGGAGGCUAUAACAGGGAUGUGUCCUUCGGGCAGGACCUUGCUUAUCGAGGCUAUCAAGAGUACAAAUCGUAAAUCUUAGUUCGUUUCAAUUUUAUUAGCUCUCUUUUAUUUUAAGGAUAUAAAACUAUACAUUGUAUUCAUAUUUCUAUAGUCUGUCGUCGUAUCAGAAUCCUGAAGCUUGAGAAGUAUUUGGAACAUUUUCACAUUUUGGGAUUCUGUAUGUAAAAUAAGUGCUCUCUUCGUACAUUUUCAUUCAUCGAAAUGAGAUAAAUCUUU